UGCGCCUCAUUUGCAUGCCUCUCCGUAUAAACCCUCCUGCAGACACUGCAGCCCUCUUGCGCUGAGUGAGCGGCACACCUCCAGCGGAGAGGGACGCGCGACACAUAUGGAAUAUUUAUUCAAGCUUUUAUCCUGAAGUGCAGAAAAGCUGAGGAGGCUUAUAAAGUUUCGAACUAUAACUUGAGCUCCGUGAGGACAGUUUGCUGAAUUUGACAGUUUUUUGUUGUUUUGCGUGAAGGUGAAGAUGAGAGAAACAGGGUGGAACGCGCUGCUGGUGCUGCUGUGCGUCUCUUUGUCAAGUCUGGCUGUUGUAACGCACGGAAAGACGGUGAAAUAUCAUACAUUUGAGGAGGACGCGCCGGGGACAGUGAUUGGAAACUUGGCCAAGGACAUUUCCUCCAGCUCUUCUUCUUCAGGGGGCUCCAGGACCAAUUUCAGGAUGAUGAAACAGUUCAACUCCUCUUUCAUCCGUUUGAGGGAGAGCGACGGCCAGCUGAGCAUCGGGGAGAGGAUCGACCGGGAGAGGAUCUGCAAACACACCCUGCACUGCCUCAUCGCCUUUGACGUGGUCAGCUUCUCCAAAGAGCAGUUCAAACUCAUCCACGUCGAGGUGGAGGUCAAGGACAUCAAUGACAACUCCCCCGAGUUCCCGCGGAAAGAGUCGAGUCUAGAGAUCUCGGAGAACACGGCGGUGGGUACGCGGAUCCCGCUGGACUUUGCAGUGGAUGAAGAUGUGGGUUCGAACUACAUCCAGAGUUACCAGAUCUCCGUCAACAGCCACUUCUCCAUCGACGUGCUCAGCAGGGCCGACGGGGUUAAAUAUGCGGAGUUGGUCCUCAUGAAGGAGCUGGACCGGGAGACGCAGGCUUCUUACGCGCUGGAGCUGGUGGCGAUGGACGGGGGCAACCCGACCCGCACCGGCAGCACGCGCAUCAAUGUCAAGGUGAAAGACUACAAUGACAACAGCCCGGUGUUUGACAGGAACAGUUUUUCUGUGGACCUGCCCGAGGACGCACCGGUGGGCACCCUGCUGUUGGACCUGAACGCGGAGGAUCCGGACGAGGGGCUGAACGGGGAGGUGGUGUACGGGUUCGGCAAUCAGGUGCCCCCCGAAAUACGCCAACUCUUCAGAGUGGACCGGAAGACCGGGCGGCUCACCUUGGAGAGCCCGAUCGACUUUGAAAGCAAAAACACGUACGAGUUUGACGUCCAGGCCACUGACCUGGGUCCGAACCCGAGCCCGGCCAUCUGUAAGAUUGUUGUGCAGGUGCAGGACGUUAACGACAACGCGCCUGAGAUCUCCAUCACCCCGAUGACGUCAAUCACAGCGGGGAUCGCGUACAUCACUGAGGCUGCUGCCAGGGAGAGUUUCGUGGCGCUGGUCAGCACCUCGGACAGAGACUCUGGUGCAAACGGGCAGGUGCACUGCACACUCUACGGACACGAUCACUUCAGACUGCAGCAGGCCUACGAGGACAGCUUCAUGAUUGUGAGCACGAGCCCGUUAGACCGGGAAAAAAUCCCGGAGUAUAAUCUAACUAUAGUGGCGGAGGAUUUGGGAUCACCCCCCUUCAGGACAAUCACCCAGUACACCAUCCGGCUGACGGAUGAAAACGAUAACGCUCCCGUGUUCAGCAAACCGGCGUAUGACGUAUCCGUGGUGGAGAAUAACGCGCCCGGCGCGUACAUCACCACGGUGAUCGCGCGUGAUUUGGACAUGGGGUCAAACGGGAAGGUCACUUACAAACUGGCGGACACCUACUUCAUGGGCUCCCCCAUCGCCACCUUUGUGUCCCUGGACCCCGCCAGCGGGUCACUUUACGCGCUUCGGAGUUUCAACUACGAGGUGAUGAAGCAGCUGGAGCUGCGCGUCACGGCCAGUGACGGCGGGGUCCCGCCCCUGUCCGGCAGCGCAAACGUCUACGUCAGAGUGGUGGACCAGAACGACAACGCGCCGCUCAUCACGCAGCCGCCCCUCACCAACGGCUCGGCGGAGAUCCCGCUGCCCCGGGACGCACCGAGCGGCUACGUCGUCACCCAAGUGGAGGCGCGGGACGCGGACGAGGGCGUGAACGCGGAGCUGUCCUUCGCGCUGGCCACCGGGGAGCCGUCUGUAUUCUCCGUGAACAAAGCCACGGGGGAGAUCUACCUCGCGCAUGUGCUCAGCCACGAGGUGGAUGAAACCCUGAGCGUGACGGUCACGGUGAGUGACGGCGGGCGUCCCGUGCUCACCUCCACAGCCACGCUCCACUUCCUGAUCGUCGCGGGCUCCCCGCCGAGCGACAGGACCGUGCACCAGCCGGGCGCAGAGGAGGACACGCACGCGCAGUGGGACCUGUCUGUGGUGAUCAUCGUCGUGCUCGCGGGCAGCUGCACGCUCCUGCUGCUCGCCAUCAUCCUCAUCGCCACCACCUGCAACCGGCACAAGCAGGAGAAGAGCGCAGAGGACAGCGAGUCGUACGGCGAGAAAGAGGCGCUGGAGCGCGCGAGGGGACACGUGGUGGACAACCCGCUGCUGCCUCUGCACGGAGCCGGAACCGGAGCAGGAGGAUCGGCCUUUGAAGGACACUCAGGUGGGUUCAGCUCGGCCCACGCGGCGGGGGGAGACAUGUGCUCGGCGUCGGAGGACGGCAGCGAGGCGCCGUGCGUGUACGACUCAGAGAGCAAGCUCCGAGGCAACAAACACGAGGGUUACUCCACGCUGCCUGGCUACGGGAGCGGGAAGGAGGCCGUGAGGCCCAUCACCAUUUGGAAAGGGAACUCUUACACCACCAUCUCUGCACGUGACCCCGCUUUCAGUGGGAAAGACAGCGGCAAGGGGGACAGUGACUUCAAUGACAGUGACAGUGACGUCAGCGGAGACCUCAAGAAAGACGGAUCCGUGGUUCCUCCCAUGGGGGGCCAAACAGCUCUCUGGGCCUGCACCAGUGAGUGUAAGGUCCUGGGUCACUCGGAUCGCUGUUGGAGUCCCUCAACGGUCAGAGCCACCGCGGGGCCCUCACCUGCACCCACGCUCUCCUCCUUCACCAGCCUCCCUAAAACGGCCUCCUUACCCCGCGACCCCCACCGCAGGGACAACUACUACCAGGCCCACAUCCCCAAAACCGUGGGGCUGCAGAGCGUGUACGAGAAGGUCCUGCACAACGAGUACGACUACGUUCUGGUCAGCUCACCCAGACCUGUGAGGGUGCAGGAGAUCAGUGAUGUAACCAUCCCUGUGUACACCCCCACCCCAACACACUGUCCCAACAAUGAGGCCUGA